GGGAUUGGUUGGGAGCGGCGAGCGCGCGAGUCACGCGGUGACGGGCUCGGGUGGGGCGCGCCGGCGCGGCGCGCGAUUGGCCGGCCCCGGCGAGAGCCAAUGGGAGCCGAGCCGUUGGAUUCAAACGGUGUGGGGCGCGGAAGGGGGCAGUUAGUGCGCGAGGGGUCCGUGAGGGGAGAACCAGAGGCUGCUGCCCGUGCUGCUGCUUCCAGCCUGUGCUGCCGCUCGCCAUGGCCCACAAGCAAAUCUAUUAUUCCGAUAAGUACUCUGACGAGCAGUACGAAUACCGACAUGUGAUGCUGCCACGUGAACUUUCAAAACAAGUGCCAAAAUCUCAUCUGAUGACUGAAGAAGAGUGGAGACGACUUGGUGUUCAGCAGAGUCUUGGCUGGGUUCACUAUAUGAUCCAUGAGCCAGAACCACAUAUUCUGCUCUUCAGAAGACCUCUUCCAAAGGAUGAGCAGAAAUAAGCCAUUGCCUCUUGAAUUUUCUGGAAACUAUGUAUAUGAGUGUAUAUAUGUUGGUAGUAUUCAGUGAAUACUUUAAAUUUACAAAACAUACAUCCAAACCUGUGCAUGAGCUGUAUUAUUCACAGCAACAAAGCUCAGUCAAAUGCAAUUCCAAGCAGGCUGCUAUGAUGUUCAAAGAGAGAUGAAUUUAUCUUUUAAUGUGCCUCUCUGACUUAAAUUGUGUUGAUGUUUAUGUUGCAUGUUCUGAUUUGCUUAUGGCUGGUUCGUGUUCCUUAACUUUUGCACUCAUGUUCCUGCUGCAGUGUAGUAUGUUCAAAUCCAAUAGUUCCACUUUUUAGUAGUAAGAGUUUUUAAGAAAUAAACUGUUUUUGAUGUUCAAUGAAA